AUCCUUUCUGCUGCAAUGGCCGAUGACAUCGCGGCGGUUGGGCAGGUCAACGCGGCCAAGCGGCCACGACUCGCAGCCGGCUCGACGAAGUCGACGAAACCCAUCGAGACGCAGCUGGCCAAGGCCUCGAAUCGGGUGCCCAAGUGCGCCCGUUGCCGCAACCAUGGCAUCAUCUCGGAGCUGCGCGGCCACAAGAAGCUCUGCACCUACAAGAGCUGCAAGUGUGCCAAGUGUGUCCUGAUCUUCGAGCGACAGCGCAUUAUGGCCGCACAGGUCGCCCUCAAGCGCCAGCAGGCGGUGGAGGAUGCCAUCGCGCUGCGCCUGGUGGCGAAUAAGACGGGCCGCAAAAUCGAUGCACUGCCGCCGGGCAGCAUCUUUGGCCUAACCGUAACGCAGCCCAAGGAUCAGGCUGCAGCAGCACACAGUCCACAGGAGGCGCCACAGCAGCAGCCGCAGCAGCAGCCGAAGCCAGUUGAUGCGGAGCCCGAAGCCUUGGCUGUGGCCCAGGAUCUGAGUGCGCCGCGUCGCGAGUUCGUCUCCCAGACGGCGAUCGAUAUGCUGGCGCAGCUCUUUCCGCAGCGCAAACGCUCCGUGCUGGAGCUGGUGCUCAAGCGCUGCGACCUGGACCUGAUACGCGCCAUCGAGAAUGUCUCGCCGCCGGCGGAACAGCUGCCGCCGUUGCCGCAGCCACUGUCGCUGCCUCCGUCGCAGCCCGCGUCGCUGCAGCUGGCCAUGCCGCAGCGCAGCAGCGCCUUCAGGCCAGUCAUAGCCGAACAGCUUGCAUUACUGUUGCAGUAUGCGGCGAAGGCAACGUCGACGACAGCCGCCGCCGCCGCCGCGAUUUGCGCGUAUCCGAAGUGGUUUGUGCCGCUCUCCUUUCCCGUCACCAUGGGCCACCUGUCCAAUUUGGCGCCGCGCUGCAACCUGCCCAACUGCAACUGUCUGGAGAGCUAUCAGUUCCACUAACCACAAUUAAAACUAUGCAAAAAUUAAUCAAUUUAUUUUAAAGUAAAUGUGUAAAGCAAAACUUAAAUUAAAUCUGUGUUUGUAUUCU